AUGUAUGUGAAAAUUGAGAGUGAGAGAUUGAGAUUCAUAAAGUUUAAUCAAGCCAAACUCCGCGCUGAGGAAUACAUACAUUUGCGUGAUGCAGUACUUGGUAAUGUAGAUGCAAUGAAUGAUAUUAGUCAUAUUGGUACUGCAUAUAUUCUUCCAUCUUCUUAUAUUGGAAGUCCGCGACAUAUGCAGGAGUACAUUCAAGAUGCUAUGGCUUAUGUUCGUGCAUAUGGCAGACCUGAUCUGUUCAUUACCUUUACGUGCAACCCCAAAUGGGAUGAAAUAAAAAAAUUGCUGAUGCCGGGACAAACAACGAUGGAUAGGCAUGAUAUAACUGCACGAGUUUUUAAACAGAAGUUGAAAUCAUUGAUGAAUUUGAUAACGCAUCAUUCUGUUUUUGGUGAAACACGCUGUUGGUUAUACUCAGUAGAAUGGCAGAAAAGAGGUUUACCCCAUGCACAUAUUUUGUUGUGGUUAAUUGAUAAGGUACGUUCUGUAGAGAUUGACAAUAUUAUCUCAGCAGAAAUUCCUGAUAAAAAUGUUGAUGAGGAAUUGUUCGAUAUUAUAACUACUAACAUGAUACAUGGUCCAUGCGGUACUCUCACCAUUAUGUCACCAUGCAUGGUGAAUGGAAAAUGUACAAAACAUUUUCCAAAAUCAUUUCAAAACGAUACUAUCACCGACAUUGAUGGUUACCCCGCUUAUCGGCGACGUGACGUUGACAAUGGUGGACAAUGUUUUGAAUUGCGACUGUCGAAUGGCGGGGUAAUAGAUGUUGAUAAUCGAUGGGUAGUUCCUUAUUCGCCUUUGCUAUGCAAAACCUAUAAAGCACAUAUAAAUGUCGAACUAUGCAGCUCGGUGAAGUCAAUAAAAUACAUAUGCAAAUAUGUUCAUAAAGGGAGCGACAAAGCGAUAUUUGCAAUUAAAAGUAUUAAUGAGAAUGAUGAAAUAACCCGAUAUCAAAUGGGUAGAUACGUCAGUAGCAAUGAAGCUAUUUGGCGACCAAGAUCAUUCCAAAAUUUGAGGACAGUCAAUGGAAUUUUAUAUGAAACUUUUUAUGAUGCGUGCCGUGAGUUGCACUUAUUGGAGAAUGAUAAUCAAUGGGACAUGACUCUUGCAGAUGCAGCACUGAUUUCAUCUGCACAUCAAAUUCGACAAUUAUUUGCAAUAAUAUUAACAACAUGUUUUCCAUCAGAUGCAUCUGCACUAUGGAAUACACAUAAAGACCCAAUGACACCGAGCCGAGCAGCAGUAGAUAUCAUGAACAGCGAUGUUCAACGUGAACACCAGUUUGAUAAAACUGCUUUAGCUACUUUUGUUGCUAAUAAUGAAAUAUUGCUUACUGCCGAGCAACAAAGUGUAUAUGAUCAAAUCAAUACGUCAAUUGAGGCACAGCAGGGCGGAUUCUUUUUUUUGGACGCACCCGGAGGCACUGGCAAAACAUUUAUUAUUUCACUGAUUCUUGCGCGUGUGCGGUCACAAAAUAAUAUUGCGUUGGCAAUAGCUUCAUCAGGAAUUGCAGCGACAUUACUUGAAGGAGGACGAACUGCGCAUUCGGCAUUCAAGUUACCUUUAAAUGUUCAUGUUAAUCCAGAAGCAAUGUGCAACAUAAAGAAGAAAUCAGGAAUGGCGAAAGUUUUGCGAAAAUGUAAAAUAAUCAUCUGGGAUGAAUGUACUAUGGCGCACAAACAUUCGCUUGAAGCUCUUGAUAGGUCACUGAAAGAUAUCAAAAAUAAUAAUUGUCUUUUUGGUGGCUGCCUAUUGCUACUGUCUGGCGAUUUCAGACAGACAUUGCCCAUUAUUCCACGAGCGACGCGUGCUGAUGAAAUAAAUGCCUGCUUAAAAAAGUCUUAUCUGUGGCGCCACGUGAAGAAAUUAUAUCUCAGGGUUAACAUUCGUGUUCAAUGUCUAAAUGAUGCACUGGGGUCAAAAUUUGCACAACAAUUAUUGGAUAUUGGUAAUGGCAGAAUUGAUUUUUAUGAAAAUACAGAGUACAUUCAAUUCCCUGAUAAUUUUUGUAAUAUGGUUGAUAGCAAAGCCAAACUUAUAGAAAAUAUUUUUCCAAAUUUAAAGGAUAAUCAUAAAGAUCAUAAGUGGCUACAAGAACGAGCAAUUUUAGCAGCAACGAAUUUGGAUGUAGACGAAAUGAAUUUAAAAAUACAACAGAUACUGCCAGGAUAUGAAUUCACAUUUAAAUCAGUUGAUACUGUUAUUGAUCCUGAUGAAAUCGUCAAUUAUCCAGUCGAAUUUUUAAAUUCUCUUGAUUUACCAGGAAUGCCGCCGCACAAAUUACUAUUGAAAGUUGGUUCUCCAAUUAUAUUAUUAAGAAAUUUAAAUGCCCCAAAAUUAUGCAAUGGCACAAGAUUAGCAAUAACAAAAAUUAUGGGAAACAUUAUAGAGGCAAUUAUUCUGGGUGGAAAAUUCAAAGAUGAUGUUGUUCUUCUGCCUAGAAUACCACUAAUUCCUUCGGAUUCAGUAAUACCUUUUAAAGACUGCAGUUUCCUAUAA